AUGGAUACCAGCACUGCAGCCAAUCUCGAGGCUGAGCAGUGGCAGCAGCAACAGCCUUCGUCUCUAGACUCUUUCUGGCUGGUACCGUUCGACAGGAACAUCUCAUUUGUAGGAAGAAACGAAACAUUUACAGAAAUUGACCAAGCAUUCGAAGUCAAGGACGGCAGCCAACCGAGGGCAGCGCUUUGUGGCCUUGGAGGCAUAGGAAAAUCUCAAGUGGCAUUGAAAUACUGCUUUAGAAGGCGCAGUAAAGAUGCCAAAUGCUCCGUUUUCUGGGUAAACGCAGCCACAGUUGCUCGCUUUGAAGAAUCUCUCAACCGAAUUGCGAGCGAAUGCAACAUAAGCGCUCCGGAUGGCGCCAAAUCUGACGCGGCCAUGCUUUUGAAGGAUUGGCUCGAAGUGGAACAUGUAGGCCCGUGGUUAAUGGUCAUUGAUAACGUUGACGAUGAGGACACCUUUUUCAACGGAAAGAUGUCAAUCGGCAAAACUCCUUCAGAGUGCAUCCCAAGCUGCCAAACUGGGUCUUUACUGUUUACUACAAGGAGCCGCAAGAUUGCUUCCGAUGUGGCGAGUCCUACAAAGCCAAUCGUGAUCCAUGAAUUAGGCAAAACGGAGGGGCUGGAGUUGGUAAAGAAGCAAUUGGGAGACACCGAGCCCGACAAUACGAUCCUUGGGCUGCUUGAAGAACUUGACUAUACUCCCCUCGCUAUCACCCAGGCAGUUGCCUUUAUGGUAAAAGAGCAAAUGUCUAUUCAACAGUACCUAGAGCAAUACCGCAAGAAUGGCACUGCCAAGUCAACAUUACCCAACCAUGAGUUUUCUGAUCAACCCCGACCGGAAGAUACUCCAGAAUCUGUCGCAAAAACGUGGAAACUUUCUUUCGAAGCGAUACGGAACUCAAAUCGAAAGGCAGCGGACUUGUUAUGUCUAAUCAACUUCUUUCAGCAUCAUGGGAUCCCCGCCAUUCUCUUGCAGGAUGCAGACGAACCAGGAGAAAGUUCCCAUCUCCAGGAGGCUACCGACCUCUUAAAAGCCUUCUCGAUUAUUGAUGAGAAUGACUCGGUGUUUAGCACACAUCGCCUUGUGCAGCUGGCAACUAGAUGGUGGUUAGAAGAGGAGAACCCUCAGGAUGUAGACAAGUGGGCUUUCCAAGCAUUGAAGUCCAUCACGUCCCAAUUCCCCGCGCCAUCAUCGCAACCAAAGUCGGAUUAUUUUAAACUUGGAGAAAUUUUGCUCCCUCAUGCUGAGUGGAUCCUGCAGUAUCAGUUCAAGACGGCGACAAAGGAUUCCGAGAUCACAAGAGCGAAGUUACUGGCUUCCACUGGGAGAUUUAUCCACUGGAAUGGAAACUAUGAUGAAGCACGUUCAAGGUUCAAAGAGUCUUUCGAAAUAAAUUACCAGCAUUUAGGCGAAAAGCAUGUUGACACGUUGGUUAGUAUGGGGUUGCUGGGUUGGACUCUCGCCACUUUUGAUCAGGACCUUCUUGGCCUUCCGGUUCUCAAACAAGUCGUGGAAUACCGGCGCGAGAUCCUCGGAGAAGACCAUCCUAUGACAAUUGAUAGCUUGAGUGACCUUGCUACGGCUAUUCUUUUGACUGGGGAUUACGCAGAGUCAGAGAAGAUGCAGCGUGAAGCUCUGGCCCGCAGCGAACAGGUUCUUGGACUUAAACAUAACGACACCUUGAACUGUAUGGCACAUCUUGCCUCAGUUCUCGACGAACAGGGCAAGACUGAGGAAGCAGAAAAGAUGGCGCUGAAGACCUACGAGCUCAAGAGAGAACUGCUUGGGCACCUACAUCCGGAUACCCUCGUUGCGGAACAUAAUGUGGCUUAUAUGCUCAGUCAAGAUGACGAAAAGGUCGACGAAGCCCUUGCUCUUUAUAGGCGCAGCUUGAGGAAUAAGACAGAAGUUCUUGGGCUAGCCCACAACGAAAUACUAAUAACAGCAUAUAAUCUCAUAUCAUAUCUGUCCGCCAAUGAUAGAGUUUCAGAAGCACGAGCGCUAUGCGAUAAGUACAUAGCUGAGGCGGGGGAUAUUCUUCAAAGGAAAAAUGCGAGAACUCAGGAGUGGCUCACUAAAUUUGAGGCUGUUAGGGAUAAUCUUGCAGAAAGCGCUGGCGAUGAGUAG